UUCGAAUUUACUGACUUCUGUCUGACUCUCGGGCCACCACAAUGCUUCUGCUGUUCAAAGAAAACCAUUCCAAAUUACCUGAGCGAGAGCUUUUUCAUGGUGAAAGGCGCAGCCCUUUUCCUACAACAAGGCAACAGCUCCCAGGGCCAGCGAAGUCUCCAGCAUCCUCACAAACAUGCAGGUGAUUUACCCCAGCAUCUCCAGGUGAUGAUCAACCUCCUUCGCUGUGAGGAUAGGAUCAAACUGGCUGUCCGUUUGGAAAGCGUGUGGACGGACCGAGUCCGGUACAUGGUGGUUGUGUACAGCAGCGGGCGACAGGACACGGAAGAGAAUAUUCUGCUGGGCGUGGAUUUCUCCAGCAAGGAGAGUAAAAGCUGCACUAUAGGGAUGGUUCUUCGCCUGUGGAGCGAUACUAAAAUCCAUCUUGACGGCGACGGUGGCUUCAGCGUGAGCACUGCGGGGAGGAUGCACAUCUUCAAGCCGGUGUCCGUGCAAGCCAUGUGGUCCGCUCUGCAGAUCCUCCACAAAGCCUGUGAAGUUGCGAGAAGGUACAACUACUUCCCAGGCGGGAUGGCUUUGGUCUGGGCCACGUACUAUGAAAGCUGCAUCAGCUCCGACCAGAGCUGCAUCAACGAGUGGAACGCCAUGCAGGACCUGGAGUCCACCCGCCCCGACUCCCCAGCGCUCUUUGUUGACAAGCCAACUGAAAGGGAACGAACAGAACGGCUCAUUAAAGCCAAACUGCGGAGCAUCAUGAUGAGCAAAGACCUGGAAAAUGUGACUUCUAAGGAGAUACGAAAUGAGCUGGAGAAACACAUGAAUUGCAACUUGAAGGAAUUCAAGGAGUUUAUAGACAACGAAAUGCUGCUCAUCCUGGGUCAGAUGGACAAACCGUCCCUGAUUUUUGAUCACUUAUAUCUGGGAUCCGAGUGGAACGCCUCCAACCUUGAGGAGCUGCAGGGCUCGGGCAUUGACUACAUUUUGAACGUGACCAGAGAAAUCGAUAACUUCUUCCCCGGUUUGUUUGCCUACCACAACAUCCGAGUGUACGACGAGGAGACAACAGACCUCCUGGCUCACUGGAACGAAGCGUACCACUUCAUCAACAAGGCCAAGAAGAAUCACUCCAAGUGCCUGGUGCACUGCAAAAUGGGCGUGAGCCGCUCAGCGUCAACCGUCAUCGCUUACGCUAUGAAGGAAUUCGGCUGGUCGCUGGAGAAAGCCUACAAUUACGUGAAGCAAAAGCGCAGCAUCGCGAGACCCAACGCCGGCUUCAUGAGGCAGCUUCUGGAAUAUGAGGGCAUUUUAGAUGCCAGCAAGCAGCGCCACAACAAGCUGUGGAAACAGCAGGCGGAGAGCAACCUGCCCCCGCACACGGACGGCACCACGGGGUCGGGCGACUUCUUACUCGAGAGCUUAGACAUUGACCUAGAAAACCGCCUGGCGGACCUGGACACGCCUUCGCAGCCGUCGUACCUGGACAACCGCGCCAGCACAGAGGUGCCCAUGGGGUUUAAUUAUUGCUUCCGUCGCCUCUCGGACACGCUGUUGGAGAACAAGAUCCCUGGUGACAGGGAGGGCUUCUUCCACGUGGAGGAGGUGGAGCGGGACGCGCUGGCGGAGCGCGCCGCCUCCCUGGUGGGGCAGCCUCUGUCUGUGCUGCCGGAGACGGGAAAAGGCCCCGAGAGUGCCGAGCCACCAGCAGAGCUGAGCAGUUUCUGUGAGAAGGAAGUGAAGAAGAAACUGGAGUUCAGUCCCCGGAAGGGAAGGGUAGUGCUGGAUCCCGGGGAGGACGGUAUCAGGGAGGAAAACCCGAUGGAGAAGUGGAAGCGGCGUUUGUCCAUGCACAAGGAGGAGAGCAGGCUUAAUAGAGAGAACUUGAAUAACAACAACAGCAAAAGGAGUUGCCCGGAGGAUUUUGAGCGUGACGCCGUAUUUGGGAUCCUCAGCAAGGUCAAGCCUUCCUAUCAGUCUUGCGCUGACUGCAUGUACUCCUCGGCCGGUUUGUCUCCCGACUCCUUCGGGGAGCAGUGUGAAAAGCUGAACCCCGGCGCCGCGCGGCGCAACGCCACCAUCUGCACGCAGCCGGCCCUCCUCUCCCACAUCAACUCCAACUUGGUGGACCACCUGCCCAGCAAGGGGCACUCCGAGGAAGCCAUCAGGACUAAAAGUAAUGAGGCUCCCCUUCCUCUGCUGGCAGGAACUGGUGGCGCUUUGGAGGCCGGCGCUUGCAAAUCGCUCCAUCAGCCCUGCGGCCUUUUGGAGAAAGGAAAAGAUGCACCAAAAACCCCCGUCAAAACUCUGCUGCCCAGGAGAAACUCCCACUGUGACAAGAGCCUCCUCAGCGCCGAAGCGGGGAAAGAAGAGUCUCUAGCCAGAAAAGACAGCAAAGCCGCCAAGGAUCUGAAGUACUUGCUGUUCAGCAAAGACGUGGAAAAGCCGAGCGCGAGCAGUUACUUGAUGCAGCACCAGGAGUCUCUUAUUCAGCUGCAGAAAGCCGGCUUGGUUCGGAAGCACACCAAAGAGCUGGAGCGCUUGAAAAGCUCGGACACCGCGGCACUGCUCAGAGAGAGCCCCCUGAGCAGGGUGGACAGCAGCAUCGUGGAGGAAAGCGAGGAUUUGAUUUCCCAUCCUGGCCUCGUGCCUCUCCUGGGGCCGGUGCCAUUGAUACCCAGAGACAGAGAAAAUGACGUGGAGAAGCUGGAGGUGAAACGUGUCUUGGAGGGCGUCUCUCAGAAAACCUCCACGCCUCUCGUGUGUCGCUUGGAGCACACGAGCAGCUUCACCAAGGACUUCCUCAAGACCAUCUGCUACACUCCCUCGUCCUCCCGGAGCUCCAACCUGACGCGCAGCUCCAGCAGCGACAGCAUCCACAGCGUGCGGGGCAAACCCGGCCUGGUGAAGCAGCGGACUCAGGAAAUCGAGACCAGGCUGCGGCUGGCCGGCUUGACUGUGUCUUCUCCUCUGAAAAGGUCCAAUUCCCUGGCCAAGCUUGGCUGUCUUAACUUGUCCUCAGAGGAUUUAUCGAGCGACGUGGAUGUGUUGACCGUGACGGACUCCAAAGAGGCCGUUUCGAGCGAGUCUUCCGUGCUCUGUGAGCCACAACCCAAGCUGAGGAGCGCAGGCGUUGCCUCCAAGCUGGCAGCGAAGCCGGCGGUCGGAAACUUGAAGAACACGCUUUGGCUGGGCAAAAGUUGA